AAUAAAUUUCCGCCUGGCCAAUGCAAUUGGGAAUCAGCCAUGUGAAGGUGGCUGUAAGUGGAAUAUCUAAAGAAUUGAUUUGUGAAACACCCACCAGAUAAGAAUGGAUAUAGUCUAUAAAAGCAGUGUAGUUUAUUAAUUAAACUUGUUAUUGCUACCUGGAAUAAUAGUGGACACCUGAUUGAAGAAGUAAAAUAACAGACGGGAAAAAGAACAAUAUAAUGGUGUCAAAUGUACAAUUGCGUUAUGUUGCUUCAGCAGUAAUAUACUUAAUACUUUUAUGCAACGAACUUGUUUGUCAAGAAAGCACUGAACUGUCAAAAGAUGAUGAAUUAUUACAAUACAAAAGAAAAAUGGAUAUGUAUCGAUUCCAUGGAGCAUUAGGUAAACGACAGAAUGAACAACCGAUUCCUGAAGAUCAGUUUGAAAAAAGAAAAAUAGACUACGCCAGGUUUUUAGGUUCUCUAGGAAAGCGCGCAACUUUUGACGAUAGCUAUCCAGAAGUAGAACGAAGAUCUAAAUAUGAUAGAUUUAUGUUCUCACCAAGCUUAGGUAAACGAUAUGUAGAUCCACAAGAAUCCAUUGAAGCAGAUAAACGACGUCUUGACCGCUUCUCGUACUUUGGCAAUCUUGGGAAAAGAGGAAUGGAUAAGCUGUCAUAUUUUGGAAGUCUAGGGAAACGUGGCCUUGACAGACUAUCUUUCUUUGGAGGGCUUGGGAAAAGAAGGCUUGAUAGACUGUCAUACUUUGGAGGGCUUGGUAAAAGAAGUGGAGAUACGGAUGAAAGGUAUAAUAAUAUUGACAGUGCUGACAAUUACAAUUUGUAUGAUGUAAAUGAUAUUUUGCCUGCGCGCGAAACUAGAUCAUGGUACUGGACAAAUAGAGGUACAAAGCGGUUACCAGUUUCAAUCAGGGGCAUUGAUAAAUAUUCACUGUUCGGUUCACUUGGUAAAAGAAGCAUAGAUCAAGAACGACUUCAAGAAAUUUUAGGAAAAAGAUUAUUAUCUAGGAGUCGUAAUUCUUAUCAAGAUGGACAUGUCCACUAGACAGAUAGCAGAAGUAUGGUACACUCAUGGUUAUAAAUUGUACAUGUUAUCAUUAUUCAUAAUUAUGUAUAGUGGUCUUCAUUUUAAAUUUGCAAAAUAACAUCAGGAGACACAAACAUUAGAUAUAUUUUUCAUAAACUUUGUUCUUCAAUAAAAUAAAUACAUUUCUUUAUAUA